AUCGAUACAUUCGCUAUUGAUAUCACCACUACGGGCUCACUCGUCGUUUUAGUUUUUGUUAAUUCUUUAAUUUAUUGUUCGAAAGUUUCGAAAGUGUCUUAAACGCCGAGUUGAAUUGGAAUAAUUUAAAUCGUGUAAUUAAUCUACAAAUGUCUGUAGAGUCAAUGGUGCUGCUGUUUUAGCCUAUUAGUGAGCCAGCGGAGCCCCAGCCGACCAAAAGCAUUCUCGGUUUGGAAAUGCCAUUGAAGUUCUUAAAAAAAUGUCGCCAGUACAAUGUCACGUCCAAGAGCUUGUUUGUUAUAUCAGUGCAUCACCUGUUGGACACCUCCAGCACGGUGGAUUGCACGAUCAGCUCAGAGAGCAAAGGGCUGGAGUGCAUGGACAACGUUUGUCAGCGUCUCCUGAUUCAGCAGCCGGAGUUUUUCGGACUGCGCUACUUGGUCAAGGGUAAGGACAAGGAAGACGAGUAUAAAUGGAUUGACCUCGAGCGCUCUCUCAGCCGGCAGCUGGAAAAGUACGCGGCAGGGCCGAAGAUUUACUUGCGAGUGCGCCACUAUGUGACCACGGGUGUACGACACUUGAGCGACGAGGCCACGCGCUUCUACUACUUCCUGCAGCUGAAAAGUGACAUUUACGAAGGCCGCAUCGCCUGCGACAUCCGCACGGCUAUCCUGCUGGCGCUGUACUGCCGACAAGCGGAAUACGACAGCUACCAGGGCGACAAGCAAAGCAAAGACUACCUGAAAAAGUCUCUGAUACUGCCGCGCAACAUGCAGGGCUUGGCCAACGACGACAGCAUGCUGGAGGGUCUGAUCGUGGAGGUCCUGCAGCAGCAGACAGGCCUGGCACAACGGGGCCAGAGCCAGGCAGAGGAGAUGUACAUACAGUGCUGCCAGCAGCUUGAUGGAUAUGGGGAGGAGCGAUUCGCCGCCAAAGACACCCUCGGCAACGAUCUGCUGCUGGGUCUCGCUAUCAACGGUAUGGUGGUGAACACCCACAAUGGGCGCCAGUAUUUUCCGUGGAAAGACUUCCACACGGUGACAAUCGACAAGCGCACGAUCAAGAUCGAGCAAAACAAGCUAGACGGGGGAGGUAGCAUCGUGGGCAGUUUUAUUUUUGGAGAGGCCGACACGGCGCGCUACUUCUGGAAGCUCACUAUCAGCCAACACAAGUUUUUUAAGCGCUACAUCGACACCACCACGCCCUCGAGCCUGGGAAGUGGUGUAGACGUGGAGAGCGGCCAGCUGGGCGGUGAUGCUGUCGGUUACAUGGACUAUGAUUACGUCGAAGCGGCGGCCGCCGAGCAACUACAACAGCAUCAACAUAUUCAGCAGCAGCAGCCUGUCCAACAGCAGCAUCAGAUGAUCUCCUCGAACAUUUCGCUGGCUGCCAGCGCCAGUCAGUUACUGGGACAAAGCAGCUCCUGCCUUGACUUGAGCAACAACAACUUGCACAGCAGCAGUGGCAUGCUGAAACAUGGAAGCAGCAGCAAUAACAACAACGAGGACCGAGAGCGCCUCAAAGCAAUGCUCCCCACAUACCGUCCUGCGCCAGACUAUGAGACGGCAGUGCAACUGAAGUAUCGCACACCUUCCGCGGAGCUGCACAACGUGACAGUUGCAUUGGCUGCGACCGGGACUGCCUACUAUACGGGUUCCCAGCCGGAUGUCCAUAAUACAGGCGUGCAUAAUGAAAACUUACUGUAUAGUCACCUGACUGCGCAUCAUUAUCCGGACGUGGCACAGCCGGCCGCUGCCCUUCACCACCACAUCAACUUAUACCCUAUGCAACAGCAACCGCAGUCACAUUUACAGCCUAUAAGCACGACCCAGGCAUAUUUGGAGCUCUCACAGCGCAUGCAAAUGAUGCGCCACAAGGUGCCGCCGACGUAUGUUAAUCGGCUGAGUUCCUCCUCCACGCCCGACCUGGCCGUAGCUACGCCCCGUCCGCUGCAGGGCUACCGAAACUAUGUAAGCGGUUCCUCUCCGGAUCUAGUCUCUAACCGCACCCUCUUUAACGGCGGCCAGUUCUUGGCUCUGGCCGCUGGAGGACAUGCCGGGAACAUUCCCACCUCCUCCGGAGCCACCAUGCUUCACCAGUAUCAGUAUGUGGGCCACAUGGGGCACUCGCAGCCUUACUUGCCUCCGCACGGCACCUUCGAGAACCUGAACAUGAUAGAAGAGCAACCUUCCAUCAUGACACAGCUGCGUCAGUCAGCGAUGAGUCAGGCAGCUGCUGCAGUUGCGGCGGCUGUGGACACACAGAGUUCCCCUACACUGCCGUCGAGUGGAUUUCGCCCUUCUGUCCCACCGCCAGCCAGCAGUCCUCUACCACCGACAGUGGCUGCUUCUGCCCACAAGUCAACCACGUCCACGCCCACGCCUCUUCAGCGGAACUUGCUGAACGACUCCAUCGAGCCCAUAUACGAGAAUGUCCCCCUAACCCAGCGAGCCUCAGGCGGCAGUAGUGGGGCCACGAAUAUGGAGACCAUGCGUCUGCGAGCUUCGUCCAUACAAUCGGCUCCUGGUGUUGUCCCUGCUCGAGCUGCAAGAAACGCCAGCACCAAUAACUUGGUGACUGUCACAGUCACAGAUGAUGGAAACAUAAAGAAGUACGGGGCGGACCGGGCAGCAAGUACGGAGCUGCUCUUCCUGGAGCCGCAUACGCCUAAGCGCACCACAAGAGCCGCCAGUGCUGUUCCGGAUAUGGGCACCAUAACUCCGCCUCGGCAACAUUUCUCCACAGCCAGUCACAAUAAGUCAACUACGGUUGAAGCGAUAUUGCCGGCCGGAGAGUCACUGCAACAGCAAUUUUGUGCCAUGAAUCUAACUGCAAACACAUCAGCUUCCACCUCCUCUGUGUUCAACUCGACUCUGGACACCACGUCAUCGUCAGUGGCCAGCAAGGACUCAAAACGCAAGAAGCGUUGGAACUUCUUAUCGCGUAGCAAAACACCCGACAAGCAGAAGUCCGCCACGCUGGGUAGGGAAAAGGCCUUGACGGUAGGUCAGCACGCCAAGCUGGCGGCAAAGUUAAAACUGGCCCAAGAUGAUCUCAACCUUCCAAAUCGUUGGUCCACGGGCGUCAGUAAGCCGCAGCCCAUUUCUGGGAGAUACUCCAAGGACAAGCUGUGCCAAAUACUGGAUGAGAAGCUUAGUGACUGUCAGUUAUUUAUGGAGUUUGAACGCAUACCGAAGCGAAGGGAGCACGCACUAUAUGAGUGCGCCCUGCUGGAGGAGAACGAACCAAAGAACCACGACCCAAACUUUUUACCCUAUGAUGACAAUAGAGUGCGACUGACGCCAUCGAUGGACAAUCGACAUGGUUACGUUAAUGCAUCGUACAUAUCUUCUACUGUUGGCACUAAGCAGAGGUUUUACAUUGUGGGCCAAUCCCCGCAAAAUACGCUUAAUAUGCGCAUUUUCUGGCAGUGUGUCUGGGAAGCUGAUGUGUAUUUGGUGGUUCAGCUAACUGAGGAUAUGAGCUAUAUUCCCCUUAGUAGUCAGCAGCGUCUGGAGUUUGGACAAUUCCAAGUGUAUCAGGAAUUCUCACAAACCACUGAUCGCUGCACCACCAUUAAGUUGCGCCUUUACCACGUAUCAUCGCGUCGGUACCGUUCCGUCUGGUAUCUGCAGUAUGCAGAUUGGGUGGAGCAGAAUUGUCCACGCGACGUUAACCACUUUUUAGACUUUCUCGAAGAGCUGAACUCAGUAAGACUGGCAUCCACACAAGAAGUUCCGCCCGGACACAACACAAACCCACCGGUUCUAAUACACUGCCUGGAGGGAGGCGGACGAUCGGGCGUAACCCUUACUGCAGAUCUUCUGCUUUAUACCCUGGACCACAACGAGGACUUAGAUAUACCUCGUGUCAUUGGCCAGCUGCGGCAUCAGCGGGACAGCAUUAUACCUUCUCUGGCGCAAUACAAGUUUAUUUAUAACCUGCUCAUCACCUAUUUAAAGCGCACGAGGUUGAUUUAAUGUUGAUGUUAUACAAAAAAAUCUUGGCUUGUUGUUUUCGUCGUAGAAGCUGAAACAACUUAAAAUAACAAUGUUACUUAAAACCUUGUUUAUAGCCACCAAAAUACUUUUAAAUAUGUAUAUUUCCAUUCAAACAAAUUUUUUUUGAUUGGCAGCCGUUUGUCCUAAAAUAGUUGCAUUUUUAAAGUAACUUAGUUUUAACUCAGAUUUGUAAUCUAAACCCCUUAUAACGGCUUCUUCAUAUAAAUAAAUAAUACUAAAUAUAGCUAGUAAAUUGGUUUGGUAGGCCCGUUAAAAUGCCAGCUAACCAGACACAGCCACACAAAUUCUGCUUAGGCUAAGAGCCAAACUAUAUUCUUGAAUUUGAUCAAAAUCUUAAAUAAAAAUUAACAAAUUGAUAAAAAAUA